CAAAAACGGGUCCCGCUGUGAGGGGGGGAAAAAGCGGUGGCAGCGGAUCCUCCUCCUGUUCCUCGUCCUCCGCGCCCAACCGGACCGGGCUCCUCCAGAGCUGCAGCGCCGCACCCCUGCCUAUCAACGGAGCCACCAUGAUCGGGCAGAAGACGCUGCUCUCCUUUUUCGCGGCGGAGCCCGGCAAGAAGCGGAGCCGCUCUCCGGAGCCAGGCGAGACCGCCGAGGCCUGCUCCCCCAAGAGGUCAAAGGCGGAUGUUUCCUCCCCUCGGUCUCCUCCUCUGAGCCCGGAGCAGCUGGAACGGAUCCGGAGAAACAAAGAGGCGGCUUUGCAAAGACUCGCUGCCCGCACAAACAGCUUCGUCCCCGCGGAGAUCGGGCGCAGCUGGAGGGUCUCGCUGACGGGGGAGUUCUCCAAGCCCUAUUUCUCCCAGCUAAUGGCCUUUGUGGCUGAGGAGCGCAAGCGUUACACUGUCUACCCACCCCCAAAUCAAGUCUUCACCUGGACCCAGAUGUGUGAUAUCCAUGACGUGAAAGUUGUCAUCUUGGGCCAGGACCCGUAUCACGGACCCAGUCAAGCGCACGGCCUCUGUUUCAGCGUCCAGAGACCAGUCCCGCCUCCACCCAGCCUAGAAAAUAUUUACAAAGAGCUUGCGACUGACAUAGAAGACUUCUCUCAUCCUGGCCAUGGAGACUUGACGGGGUGGGCCAGACAAGGAGUCCUCUUGCUCAAUGCCGUCCUCACAGUUCGAGCACACCAGGCCAAUUCUCACAAGGAGAAGGGCUGGGAGCAGUUCACGGAUGCGGUGGUGUCGUGGCUGAACAAGAACCUGGACGGGCUGGUCUUCAUGCUCUGGGGAGCCUAUGCUCAGAGGAAGGGCAGCGCUAUUGACCGAAAACGUCACCACGUCUUGCAGACGGUCCACCCUUCGCCCCUCUCUGUGCACAGGGGCUUCUUCGGCUGUAAGCAUUUCUCAAAAACAAACGAAUUACUGGAAAAAUCUGGGAAGAAGCCCAUUGACUGGAGAGCGCUCUGAACGGCUGGCGUGGUCUUGGGAGGCCGCCGCGAUCUGGAACGGACAGUGCCAUUGAAGGGAGCCAAUCUUAAGAGCUUGGAGGAUUCUAGGAAUUCCCUCUUUGUGUUUUGAGACAGGGUGACCUAAACAGUCUGCUUCGGUCCUUUUGUUCUGGAUUAGUUUCUUGAAAUGAGUGCGGCUAUU